AUGACAACUAGAAAAGAAUUUGUUAAAGACUUAGCUGCUGCAUUAUGGUACAUAGAUAAAUGUGAUUCAGAAAAGUUGAAAAGCCAAAGUUGUAAUAUUCCUAUUGAAAUGAAACAGUUUGUUAGACGUUUUGAUAUAAUUCGUUUAAAAAAAAAAAGAGAUCGAUUUGAUACAACUACAUUUGCGUAUCAUUCAAAUAUUCUUUUCAA